ACUACCAGUAUGAAACCGGUUUGCCAGUCAUUCGCUUGGGUCGUUUUAGCUGAUAGAAUUGUACAAGAAGCAAUAUGUCCUCAAACGCUGAAGAAUUGGAACGACAUGACGGAACAGAAGCUCCUAUACAAGUCACUUUUGAAGAUGUAAGCGCUGCCGCUUAUCGUAUUCGCAAAGGGAUCAAGAAAACGCCAWGUGAGAGAUCAAAACUAUCAGAUAUUGUAGACAUGGAGUUAUACUUCAAGAAGGAAUACCUUCAGAUAACUGGCAGCUUCAAAGAAAGGGGAGCUCGCAACACUCUUCUUUUGUUGUCAAAAGAGCAGAAGAAAAAAGGUGUCAUCGCAGCAUCWGCAGGCAAUCAUGCACUGGCAUUAUCUUAUCAUGGAAAAGAGCUUGGGAUACCUGUCACAGUUGUCAUGCCAACCAAUGCACCAAUCAUGAAGAUCUCGGCUUGUAGGAAGUACCAGGCUACUGUUAUUGUCAAUGGUGCAGACAUCAUCGAGGCUAAAGAUAUUGCACUUCGCAUGGGAAAAGCAAACAGCCUUGAAUACAUUAAUGGAUAUGACCAUCCGCAUAUUCUUGCUGGUCAAGGGACGUGUGGAUUGGAGAUAAUUGAUGAUGUACCUGAUGUAGAUGCUGUUGUCAUCCCUGUUGGAGGUGGAGGGCUAAUUGCUGGUAUGGCUGUCGCAAUCAAGAAUCUUAAUCCAGAUAUUACUAUUAUUGGUGUAGAGUCAGAGCGCUGUGCAAGUUUUCAAGCAGCCAUUGAUGCUGGACAUCCUGUGAAAAUUGAAGCCAUCCAGGCUAUGACUCUAGCAGAUGGUCUUUGUGUGUCUAAAGUGGGUGAUAAUGCAUUUGCAACAGCUUUACCUCAUGUAGACCGAGUCAUCAGUGUGAAGGAGGAAUUCAUUGCCCUUGCUGUACUACGUCUCAUUGAGGAGGAGAAAGCUGUCGUAGAAGGAGCUGGUGUGACAGCWUUUGCUGCAAUCUUGGCUGGUCUUUUACCAGAACUCAAAGGGCAAAAGGUUGUUGUACCUCUGUGUGGUGGCAACAUAGAUUCUACUGUACUUGGGAGGUGUAUUGAYCGCGGUCUUGCAGCGGACGGACGCUUAGUGAGGUUUAUUGUAACAGUUAUCGACAGACCUGGUGGAAUAGCAGAAUUAACAAGACUUUUAUGUUCCCUGGAGGCUAGUGUGAAAGACAUGUAUCAUGAAAGGGCAUGGUUGACAUCAAGCGUUUUUAGUGUUCAAAUUAAAACUGUUGCAGAAGUUCGAGACAAAGCACAUGGCCUUGAAGUGAAACAAGCUCUUGAACUACACUACCCAGAUAGUGUUAUGUGGGGAGAAGACCAAAGUUUUAAACUACUGUCUCCAAAAUGAUGACUUGUCAACAAUUUAAUUGUAAAUUUUAAAUGUAGACUUUGAGUAGUUAAAUAAUAUAUUUGGUGCUAAAUAGAGCUAAAUGGUUAAAUGGAUAGGUUUUCCUUCUGUGGAUACAUGUAUAACAAUAUAUAUGCAAAUAUGCUAAUAUUAGUAUAGGAAAUCGCAUGACCUUAAGUACGAGAGGUUGUGUGAUUUUUUGUUUAUAGUACAUUCAGUAAACAAAAUUUAUAAGGAGUACAAUUAUCCCUGCACUGUAAUUGUACUCCUCUCGACCAUUGAAAACAUAUUAUUUUGUUGAAUGUACUAUAAAAUAAUAUUCGUUUAUCAAAUGAUCAUCACCAUCAGUGUUCAUAGAAUGAAUGACAGCUGCAAAGCAUUACGGGGAUUUAUUUACUAGGUGAUAAUUUAUUUAGACAAUCCAGGCAGUUUUCUAAAGAAUUAUAGAUUUUAUAGACUUUUUUUCACACCAGACAAUUAAUAUUAGUAAUAAGUAAAUAUAUUGUUGGUAAUCCUAAUACAAUUUUUUAUCCUGUUUAUUCUGCUAUUUAUUCAUAAAUAGUGUAUUUAUUGUACAAAAUACUUACACAGCUUUUAAUAAUAUUGGAUAUUUAAACCCAUUUUGUGGCAAAAUUGCAUUUAAUUACAAAAAUAUUUGUACUGAAGACUCUAAACUUCAAGGRAAGAGACAAGCAAAGGAAAGAAGAAGUCUGCUUAUUUUGAACAUUGGGCCUUCAUCAUUUUCUUGGAUGAGAGGCCCAUGUCAGUAUGUUUUCUUUGACUCUCUUUGCUUUAUGGUCUAAUUAAUUUAUCACUCAUAAUAGUUACUAGCUUUUCCUAUAAUGUUAUUCUCCUAAUAAUAAUGAUCAUGGUAUUUUUAUAUGUAAAAAAAAAUUAAAUUAAUUGUAUGGUAAUAAAAUGUAAUAAAAUUG